AUGGCUAGUCUGAAAGUUAGGAAGCGUUUGAUGUACCUCGUGUUUGCUUGCAUAUUUAUAUUUGGAGGUGUUGAAUAUGCGGUCAUCCUUCCAACACUGUGGCUUUAUCUGAGCACUGUCUACAAAGCACCAGACUACAUGCUGGGUCUCGUUCUCUCAGCUUACAGUUUGGCAGCCAUGUUUUCAGCUCCACUUAUUGGCAGGUUAUCGGAUCGUAUUGGCUGCAGCAAACAGAUCUUUAUAGUGUGUGCUGCCUUUGAGCUGGCGGGAAGUUUUCUUUACUUCAUUGAAGUCUCCCAGUGGUUGUGUCUGGCCAGUAGGUUUGUUUCAGGAAUGGGGGCAGCAAGUGAGGCAGUUGCAAUUGCUGAAGUGUCCCGAUACACACCUGAAAAGGAUCGUACUGCCAUUAUUUCAUACCUUGUAUCAAUGCGCCAGAUUGCUUUACUAAUUGGGCCGGGUUUGAAUGCAUUUUUACGAUUAGCAAAUUUCAAAAUUGGGCCAUUCGAAGUCAACAAAUACUCUGCACCAGGGGCAUUCAUGGUUGUUGUAUGGGGCCUGCUGAUUGUCAUUGUUCUGCUCCUCUAUACGGAGCCAAGACAGAUUUAUAUGCAAGACAUGCAGCAGACGUUUGCUGUCGGGAAUGAACAGGUUCCUGUUUCAGACAGUACUGCUGUAGAAGAUGGAGAAAACAUUCACUUGGAAGAUGACAGGAAUAUUGAGACAUUUGAACAUCCAGACAAUAGUGGACAUGAAACAGCCUCAAAGCCAAUAACAGUUCCCAGUGAUUGUUAUUUCUUGGAAAAACCGGCAUCCAGUGACAGAAUCCAUGAGAGUGAUUUGCUCCAAUCAGGCGAUGAAACUCCAUUUGAAUUCCCACCACUUUCGUUUCACAGCUGCAGAAAUCAAGAGGACAUGGACAGCGAUGCAUUCAAAAGCACCGCAGUCUGUACAAAUUCAAGCUGUGGUACUGAUUUCCUCUCUGCAGACUUUCAGAAUGUUCAGCAGUCACUUCAACAUGACCCACCCUGUGAAGUUUCUGAAGUGGCUUCGAUAAACAGUGACAGUCAUUUCUGUAACACAUUGCACACCAGUUCUUCACUGGAUUUGUUGAUGUACGCAGAGCGGAUCAUUCAUGACUCUCAGUAUUUCAAGACUCAGAUGGAUGAGGAUGAUGAUGGUGGUGACACAGGCCUCAUCUUUGAUGAAGACCACUUUGGCUUAAGUGCUGAAGUUUUUGGGAACAACCUAGUCUUCUCUGAUAAUGAGAAAUCACCACUUCUACAGAGACAUCAAAGAAGAGGAAGCCAGACGUCACUUUUUAGAUCGUACGGUGCUAAUGGUGAGUACAUAGAAAGGAGCACUUCCUGUUGGAAUGAUCCAGUCACCAUCGAAGGAAAACUUGGAUUCUUCUGCAAUGAAUACAUUCGAGAUGAAAUCAUUGCUAUCAUUUGGCUGCUCUUCUGUGCUAUGUUUUCUCAGAUGUGUGUUGAGACGAUGGUGCUACCACUGACACAAAAGUACUUAGACUUUGAUGAGCUGGAGAACAGUAUCCUCUACUGUGCUUGUGGCGUUGUGAUCAUCAUUUGCUUUUUGCUGGUAUCAAAACUGAGCAGUCGACUGUCUGACAGAGUCAUGAUGAUGUUUGGUGCUGUGGUGAUUUUGUCUUCAAAUGUUUGGCUUAUCUGUUUUUUGCCAAAUGCUCCACCAGGAAACAGAAGUCACAACAUUCCAAUAUUUGCCGUCGCAGUGUUCCUGGAUGUUCUGAGCUUGCCAUUCUUGAUUGUGUGUGCCACAUCUCUCUAUUCCAAACUGACUCGCAAACAGACUCAGGGCUUGAGUCAGGGUUUGCGCCGAGGGAUAGUGGGUCUCGGGACAGUAAUGGCCCCAUUAUGGGGGUCAUCAGCCGUCAGUAAACCUUACCUUUUACUGGGUGUACUCCUGGCGCUGCAGGGACUCUCACUGAUCUUUUGUGCGAUGUCCUACAAACGCUUCAAAGUACCUGAGGCCCCAGCAUUAGCCUCAUCCGCAGCAGCCUCACCACCAGUGAGGUCUGCCACUCGAGCUGCAAACAACUCCCCUCCCAACGUUGCCUCUCUUACAUCUGGUAGUCACACACAUCAGCCCCAGCAGAAGUCUCAGCCAGCACAUUCAACAUCCUACGGGUCUAUCCAGGUCAGUUUUGCAGAUUCCAGUUACCGGUCGCUGGACGGUUCCACAGAACACCAGCCUCUAUUCUCACGUCCAGAAGUUUGA